AUGCCCCCUAAAGUCCCCGUCGCUUCGACGUCAAAGCUGGCCACCUCGGCCGCCCGUCAGCACCGGCCCAACAAGCGUGUCGCCGCUUCUUCGCACAAGGCCGCGCUCUCGUCGCUCAUCGACCUGUACCACAUCACGCCGACCUUUGCCCCGCUACAAACGUCCAAGCUCGACAAUUACAUCGUUUCAAACUUUGCACCCCCGAUGCAACACAUCCACAGCCCGGUCCCUCUGCGCAUCGACCGACUCGUCCUGCGCGACAAGCUCUUGACCGACCGGAUCGUGCACUACGAGCGACAACGCGGUCUCGGAGGCGUGCAACUCGACAUCGAAUCAGCGGGGGAGACGAGUGGUGAACGUGACGCGCUCGAGGAUGGGCCGUUGAGGGUGUACCUGCAUGGUCAGGAACCGCCGUUGAGGCAGCGGGUGCGACGACUGAUCGACGCCGCGCACGGCACAAGCUCGGGUGGACUGGCUGGACUGGCGACGGUCGAAAGGACGGGACAAGACGCGAAUCGAUGGAAGCAACAACUCGACGAGGCUCGGCAAGCAUCCAAGCGAGCGAAAGCAAGGCUCAAUUUUGAAAAGAAGCGGGACGAGAUGGACCCGGACGCGUUUGCCGACUCAUGGGAGGACUCGAACGCGACACCGGCGCACCAACGCUAG